CAAUGGAGGCGGCGGCCGCCUGAGGGCGGGAGCUGCGGGGCCGCGGCGCGGGCUGCAGGGGCGCCGCCUGGGCCUCCGCGUCCCGCCCGCGCCCGAGUGCGCGUCGCCGUCCGGCCCGGGGCCAGCCCGGCGGGGACCUCAGGAUAAUUCCCAGGGGGCAGCAGCAUGCUUCUCAGGAGAGUCCACAUCUAAACCUGGUGCUGCCACUGUGAGCUACUCUACCAAGAAGCAGGGAGAACAGAUAUUUCACAGAUGAUGUGAGGCUUGUUGUCUUCUGCUUGAACAUAAUUCUUACUAACUGUUGGUUUGAGUGUCACAGUGACUUAAGUCACAAGAGUGGUGGUGACUCCCAGGCUCUCUCCACAAUGUGCUUUAUUUCCUGGCCCACUUACCACUGAGAGUGAAUUCUCCUUUUCACAAGAGGAAAAUUUUGGAGGAGAGCAUCCAAAAGGAAUGAUGUGUGGCUGUUGAGAGGUAACAUUUAACAAAAUCAUGGCCAUGGAGGAAAUUAAACUUUCACAGAAUGUCCAUAAUGAGCCUCUGAGUGCUGAUGUUUCAGCCAAGAAGAAGGGAGGAAGGUUCCAACCAUUUAAGAAGUUGUUCGGCAAAAGGAAAAAGAAAGGCCCAUCCGGGUCCCCGGAGGCGUCUGCUGGGUGCAGGAGCCGCUGUCCUCCGAGUGUCAGCGAUGGGACCUUCUCUUCAGAUGAGGAGACCCUGGAGGACAGCCUAAGGUCCUUCAGCAGUUCUCUGGGAACCCGGGCGUUUUCCCAUGACAGUGUUUUUAUCCCUGAUGGGGGAGCAGAAAGUGAGCAGACAGUUCAAGCAAUGUCACAGGACAGCGUCCUGGGCAAAGUCAAAACUCUUCAGCGACAGUUGGGCAAGAACAUCAAGUUUGGGCAGCACCCCCCCAGCGCCAUCCCCAUGAAGAAGGCAGACAGUGGCGAGCCUCGCUUCGAGGAGCAUCCCUUCCUGACCUGCCCCGUGGAAAGUGUGCCUGAGCAGGCCCUUGUCCUGGUGGAUACAGAGAGCAAACCCAGCGAGACGCCUGGUACUCCGAGUCCCCUGAAUCUGCCUGCAGCCAGAAGUGAGAUGGAAGAGAAGGCAGCUCCAGUUAAACCGUCUCGGCCAAAAAGGCUCUUCUCUUCUGCUGGCACCAUCGAAAGUGUCAACCUGGAUGCCAUCCCCCUGGCCAUUGCUCGCCUGGACAACAGCGCCGCCAAGCACAAACUGUCCGUUAAGCCAAAAAACCAGAGGGUAUCUCGGAAACACAGACGACUUGUCGGGGAUCGACAAGCCGUGCAAGGUGGCCUCCCGCGUCAGUUGACCCUGGACCAGAAUGGACACCCUGGGGAGGACAAGCCAAUCUGGCACGAAGAGGAGCCAGAGGCGCUGGACUCGGAGGAAGAGAAGCGGCGUCAAGACGAAUACUGGCGAGAACUGGAGGCCAAGUGCAAACGCCAAAAAGCCGAAGCGGCUGAGAAGCGCCGCCUGGAAGAGCAGAGGCUCCAGGCCUUGGAGAGGCGGCUUUGGGACGAGAGCAGGGGGCACGGGCGGGUAGAGGAGGAAGAGGACGGAGGAGCAGAGCCAGAGGCGGAGAGCGGGCUGCGGGCAGAGGAGACACCGAGCCCGGGACAGCCAGGCUGCCCAGGCCCCGAGCAGAGGCAGCAGGAGGAAGCAGGGCGCCCGGGGGCCGAAGAGCAGCGGCACCUGGAGAGACGCGCGCACCCGCCGGAGGAGCUGGAGGCGCGGGGCCCGCACGAGGCAGAAGAGCAGCUGCUGGAAGACGAGGAGGGAGCGUUAGAAGAACUCGGAAGAGCGGAGGAGCUGGAGGCUCAGAGGCGGCGGGAGGAGGAGGAGCUGGAGGCGCAGAGGAGGCAGGAGGAGGCGGAGGAGGAACAACGACGGGAGGAGCAGAGGCGGCGGGAGGAGGCCGAGGAGGCCAAGAGGAGGGAAGAGCUGAAGAAGCGGGAGGACUUGGAGGCGCAGAGGAGGCAGGAAGCAGAAAAGAAGCCUCGAGAAGCGCUGAUUGUGGAAGACGACAGUCAGCCACUGCUGGAACCCAGAAGGGGCUUGAGGAGCCCCUUUCAGAGCGACCUUGCAGAGAAAGCAGAACGAGAACACCUGAAACUAGAGAAGCCAAGAGAAAGUUCUGAGGAACCUAGUAUUUGGGUGAAGCAGAGCCAGGAGGCCACUGAGUCAUCAGGGGAGCAGCCAGCAAAGCGGGGGACCGUCCCCGGGGAUGACCACGGCGGGAGGCAGGAGGAAAGAGCAGACCCCAAGGCACAGCCUCUCCAGAAACAGGAGGCCCCGGAGGAAGCGGCACUGGCGCCAGAGACAGGCAGGGAGGUGGAGGAGCUCAGGUGGCAGGAGCUGGAAGAGAGGCGGACCGUGCCCAGAGCCUACACGUUCCAGGUAUCAUCAGGAGGGAGACAGAUUCUUUUCCCCAAAGUCAAUCUCAGCCCCGUGACGCCCGUCAAAGAUGCGGGACUCUCCUCUGCUCCGCAAGAGCCAAAGGCCCCCAGAGCCAGCCCGGCCUCCCACGCCCUGCCCUCAGCUCUGAGCAUCCCCCACACGGCCAUCCUGGUCACUGGAGCCCAGCUCUGUGGUCCGGCCGUCAACCUGAGCCAGAUCAAGGACACAGCGUGCAAGUCUCUGCUGGGCUUGUCUGAAGAAAAGAAGCACGUGGACGGCCCUGCCCUGGAGAACUCUCCCCGAGACCCCGGCGACCCCCGGACAGGCGGUGGCAAGGCCAGGCCCACGCAGGAGUCCGCGGGCAGCGUGGGCGCGCUUGCUGAGUGGGCUUCCAUCCGGUCCAGAAUCCUGAAGGGCGCAGAGAGUGAGCAGGCCCGGCCGGGCGAGGAGCACGCUCUCCGGGGCCGUGGUGAUGCCCGCGGGAACGCCCGGAGGACCCCGCCGGUCAAUGCGAAGUUCUCCAUCAAGCCGGCCUGGCAGAAGUUCUCUGAUGGUGGCGCGGAGCCCUCCAGACAGAAUGCGGAAGCCGAAAGCACUAGAAAGAGGUCGGUGCCUGGCCCCAGCGAAGAGGCCGCACCCCACACCCCCGCUGCCGACCCCGAGAAACCGGGAGCGCUGCAGGAGCCGACGGACACCACAGAGGGCUGCAAAUUUGCCAAAGACCUUCCCUCUUUCCUUGUUCCGAGCCUCCCUUCUCCUCCGCAGAGAGCAGGGGCCCUGGCAGAGCCCGUGGCCAUUUGGGACAGCGACAUCGCCGGUGGUGGGGCCAAGCCAGGGCCCAUGACGCCAGGCGGGGAGGAAAAGGCUUCCCCUUUCGGAAUCAAACUGAGAAGGACCAACUACUCCCUGCGCUUCCACUGCGACCAGCAGACAGAGCAAAAGAAGAAGAAGAGGCACAGCAGCACGGGGGACAGUAUGGACUCAGCCCCGCCAGCUCCCGGGAGCACAGGUGCAGAGGACACCGAGGCUGCGGCCCUCAAGCCUGGCACCACCCUGGCCCUGGACAGAAAGCAAGCCCCCGCCCCCUGGAAGGACUCUGCCCAGAGCUUUGCUGCCGCCGCUCCUGGACCCCCGGCUCCGGAACAGGACCAAGGGGCCAGCAGAACGUCCUCGGCCCAGAAGCCGGCCCUGGCGCCCAAGCCCACGGGCCAGACCCCGCCGGCGUCCCCGCUCUUCAAGCUGAGCAGGCCCUACUUGGUGGAGCUGUUGGCCCGCAGGGCGGGGAAGCCUGACCCCGAGCCCAGUGAGCCGGGCAAGGAGGCUGGGGGCGGCAGUGACCCCCGGCCGCCCUCGCCCCCACCCCCCGAGGACAGGCCGGAGCGCGAGGAGGAGGGGGAAGCAGAGAGGAAACCAACGUCGUCGGCCCCGUCUGCCACCCGACAGGACAAGCCGUCCCCGACGCCCGAGGCAGCGAGGAAAGAAAAGCCAGUGCUUCAGAGCAGACACUCCUUAGAUGGCUCCAAACUCGUGGAGAAGGUUGAAAGCCCGCAGCCACUGUGGAUAACACUGGCGCUGCAGAAGCAGAAGGGGUUUCGGGAGCAGCAGGCCACUAGGGAAGAGCGGAAGCAAGCCAGGGAGGCCAGCCAGGCAGAGAAGCUCUGCAGAGAAAAUGUCAGUGUGGGCCCGCAGCCUGGCAGCAGCAGCCAUACCAGAGCAGGCUCCCUGCACAAGCCCACCGCUCAACCAGAGGAGAGGAAGCCAGAGACGGCGGCGGCCAGGCUGGAGCGCAGGGAACAGCUGAAAAAGGCCAGCACUCUUCCGACGUCUGUGACAGUGGAGAUCUCAGACUCAGCCCCGCCAGCGCCACUGGUGAAAGAAGUCACAAAGAGGUUCUCUACUCCCGACGCUGCCCCCAUGUCAACAGAACCGGCCUGGCUGGCUUUGGCCAAGAGGAAAGCCAAGGCCUGGAGCGACUGCCCACAGAUUAUUAAGUAACGAGUGAGUCUUGGCCACUCCUGUUGCCAGGUACUGGCUUUUCCUUGCCCUGUUUAUUUAUUUCUUACACGAGGUGAAGGGACCAGGUGUGGAAGGCUCGAGAGUGCCGAGAAGCCGAACUGACGGUGGCCCUUGUCAAGAGUGUAUUUGUACAAUCCCAGGUCCUGGUGCCUGAAGCUCCUCCUAGUUCUAGAGAAGAUUCCAUCCGAGGGCCCACGUGGAGCAAGGUCUCCAGGCUGAGAGCUCCUCAGGAGAGCCACCCCCUGGCCCCGCCCGGCCUUUCACACGGCACACCAUUCAGCACAUGGACUUUGGCCAAUCUUUGUGCUCAUCGUUCUUCUGGUUCUUUACCCCAGCUUCUUUUCUCUAGACCACCUACCAUGUGUUUGGGGACUUCUAGCCUUUUCUGUAGUAGCUGUGAAAGGAUCCCAUAGAGACAGAAGCGAGAACGCCCACGCUCCUGGAUGCCAUGAGGAACCGGGAACUGCAGGUAAAAGCCUGGCUCCCAGCCUUGGGCCCAGGUCUGCUUUUCCUGGAAGCUGCAGCCCAGAGUGAACCAUCCACACCUUUGAGCCACAGGCUCCAUUACACUGGGACUUGAAGGACAAGUUAUCCAUUUGGCCAGCUGGCUCCUAAAAUGGUUAAAAGGAGAAAAAAAACAGCAGCUACAAAUUCUGUGUCUGAAUUUCCUCAUUGAGUGCAGCUGUUCUUCAGGCUAAGCUCCCUUCCAGGCUCGCUCAAUCAGGGAUGCUCUGACGAUGAGGUGGAUGUGUGUAUGCUGGUAAAAUCGAGAUAGAUAAUGUCAGGUAUUUCAUCAAGGUUGAGAAGUUUGGGAUACACUGGUAUUAAUCUAGUUUUUCAAACUCUGAGGGGGAGGGUCAUUUCACCCAAAGUGGCAAAAGUGAGACAGGAAAAAUAAUAGAACAAUCCCCCAAACCAGCCAAUAGCCAGGGUACAAAGGUGAUGGACACCACAUCUCUGGAAAUCCUUCAAGUCUUGAAAAGAAGGCAACAGUAAGACACGAUUUGAAGCCUCUGCACUAAGGACUUCCUCUGGGAAGUUUCUUUACCAUGAUCAAGUAAUUCAUGUUUAGAGUCAAAUGUUCCACAGCGUUUAUAACGCAGAGAGUACAUCUUGCUACCUUUACCAACAUCUGAGUUUUAAGUGGCCUUGUUACUACACACACAUAAAAAAGAAGGGACUUGGCAAUUUAAAAGCCACUUAUAUUAACUUUUAUUUCCCUGAAUUUGCUUUCCAUGACUCACAGACAUUCAGCAAACCCACACAUUGCUAACACUAACUGAUAUUUCAUGGUGUUGGCAUAUUGCCUUUUUUUUUCAAUUCUGACUUCAAAGUCUAAGUACAAAUCCUUUGCUUAGUGCAGGGAAAAGAACUAUGUCCCUUUUCCCUCUCCCACAAAACACAUUUUAUUAGUAUCAUUUUCCUUUAUGCUUACUUAAAAGAUAUAUGCUAGUCUCCUUAAAGAAUGUACCUUAAAGGAUGAGCACAGUUAUUGACCAUCUAAAAGGCAUUUUCUUUCCAGAAGUGAUGGCUCAGCGUCUUGGUAGCAGCUGGCAUAUGUGGUAACGUAGAUAGUUUUACUUCUGCAAGUUGGAAUUCAUAUAAUAUAUAUAUAUAUAUAGUGGACCUUCAGACUGUUCAGAAUCAAUGGAAAUUUUUUUUAUGGCUGUAAGAAGCAAUAUUCCACUGCAUGUUUUUCACACUGAUAUUCAUUUCUAAAUCAAAUAUGCAGACAUUUGUUAGUUUCAAUGAUUUUCUCACUAGGGUCACACUUUUUAAUUGGACUCCAUCCAUCCAGAGCCCUGGAAUUAGAGUGCUCCAUUAGUUCUUCUGCAUUGACUCUUUCUUUCAUCCUGUCAGCUUUGGAUUAUAUCACAGUAAUGACAGAGAACAGGCAAAGAAAAAAGAUCACUAACAGAAUGGUAGACAUGUCACCUCUGUAAUGGCACUGAGCCCAUACAAAGGAGAAAUACCUCAGUUACAAAUUUCCAUCAAAAUCUUUAAAAGAAGACCAUACUGAGGAAAGGACAGUCAUAGCACUUAUUCCAAUAACUUCUAAAAGUUACAUGUUUUAAUAUUUCAUGUAAAAAUUACUCCAAAUUUGCACUAAAUACCAAUGAAGUGUUAUUUUGCUUUAGUUGUGUUGCAGUCUUUUCUGAUAGCAAACUGUGGGGGCAAUUCUGUAAAGCAUAUACAAAUUCAAGACUUUUAAAAAUGAAACGAAUGAUUUCUAUGUUCAAUAACAAGCUUUGUUUUUCUAAUUUAAAUAAAUAUACAUACUCCUGGUAAGGUUGUAGAUGAUUAACCUCUGUUCAUAAGACACAUAUACAAAACUAGAGGGUUUUUUGUUUACUUUUUUAAUUUUUCAAGUGCAAUUGUUUCUUAUACAUUAAUUACUAUUAAAUUAUUUUAGCCAGUUAUUAGCAAAUUGUAGUAUGUACUCAUUGUCUCUUCUUGUGACAUUUAGUUUUAAUUGCUUAUUUUAAAGCAGAAACAUUAGAGUUACAAGUGUCUUGCAAUAUUUUUAUCAACAAUAAAAUGAAGUAGAGACUUAAUGAAAAUAGCUUACUGUGAUUUUAAUAUUAUUUUGAGAUUUUGGUUGUAUAAAGUUUUAAUGUAAAAUGUCCAUUAUUGAAGGGAAAAGAUCUUUCAA